GGCUCACUGUGCCUGUCCUUCCCGCUCGACCCGCAGCCGCAGCCGCUGGAGCUGGCGGUCUCAGAAGUGUCCAGCGUGACCAAGUCAGCCCAGGAGAAGGUGGUGACCUGUCACGUGGCGGGGGACGCCCUGCAGUUCCUGGUCAGCGUGGGGCCGGCCUCUGCGGGGGACGCGGGGCGGCAGCUGUGUGACGUGCGGCUGUCCCCCGUGCACCUACAGCUGGAGUUCCACAUGAAGGAGAAGAAGGAGGACAUCCAGAUCCGCUGGUCCUUCGUCCACGUGCAAGGCACGGCCAUUCAGAUCCAGCCCCACGCCCCAGAGCAGGACCUGACGGUGGAGCGAGAGUCCGUGUCCAAAGUGCUCCGGGACCUCCUGAAGCGCCUGGUGGGCCCUGCUGCGCCAGCGGUGGUCCUGAGCACCAGGCCGGCGGGCCAGCAGGAGGCUCAGAGUCUGCCUCGCGCCCCCCCACCCGCUCAGGACUGCUGCCCCCCCAAGCCGCCCCGGGCGCACGAGCUGAGGCUGCAGGUGAAGAACAUCCGGGCCUCGCUGCUCAGCCUUCCGGGGGCCUCAGGCGGCCCCGGCCCUGUGUGCGUCACACAGCUGAAUGACCCGGCUCAGAGCUUCGCCAGCUCCCCGCUGAGGAGCAGGGCCGAUCUCUCGUGGGAGGAGGAGUUCACCUUUGAGCUCAACGCCAAGUCCAGGGAGCUGCACCUGCUGAUCUCGGAGGAGGGGCAGCCCUCGGAAGGUCCACUGGCAGUAGCGGUCAUCCCGCUGGACUUGUUUAGGAAGCAGCCCUCCGGACCACAGAGCUUCGCGCUGACCAGCGGGCCGGGCCUGGGCAGCGCGGUGCUGGGCUCGGUCACUGCGGAGUUCUCUUACAUGGAGCCGGGAGAGGCCAGAGCCCCGCCAGCGCCCCCACCUGCUCCCGCCGCGAAGGUGGAGAAGGACCGCACCGUGCUGCCCUGCGGUACCGUGGUCACCACCAUCACCGCCGUGAAGACCAAGCCACGCUUCGACGCGGGCAGGGGCGCAGAGUCCCCCGUGAGGACGCCCGUCAAGGUGAAGGUAAUCGAGAAGGACAUCUCCGUGCAGGCCAUCGCGUGCCACAGUGCGCCUGUCAGCAAAACACUGUCCUCUUCAGACACAGAACUGUUGGUGUUGAACGGGUCCGACCCGGUGGCCGAGGUUGCCAUUCGACAGCUCAGCGAGUCCUCAAAGCUGAAGCUCAAGUCGCCCCGGAAGAAGAGUACGCUCAUCAUCUCAGGGGUCUCCAAGACCUCCCUCUCUCAGGACCAGGAGGCUGCCCUCAUGCUGGACUAUGCGGCCUCCAUGGACAGCGCCCCCCAGGAGGCCGCCCCGGCCACCGCCCUGGCCACCGCCCUGGCCACCCUAGAGGCAGCUGAACCCUCUGCCCCGCCUGCCGAGGACGAGCCCGCCCUGGUGCCCGCCGCCCCUGCGCCCCCAGAGCCCGAGCUGGACCCCUGGGACGUGGAGAAGGAGGAGGUGGCCGCGUGGAGCGGGCCGGGCCUGCUGGAGCCGGAUGGGGACGGGGACGAGCUGUCCGAGAGCUCCCUGAGCGCCUGGGAGCUGGGCGCCUCCAAGAAGCGGAGAGGCGGAAUCCUCAGGAAAGGCGCCAAGCUGUUCUUCCGCCGGCGGCACCAGCAGAAGGAGCCGGGCCUGAGCCAGUCGCACAACGACCUGCUGUUCCUGCAGCAGCCGGAGGGGGCGCGCAGGAAGAGCAAGACCCUCACGCGCAUCCUGCACAAGAAGCUGCUGCCCUGGCAGCGGGACAGGGACGCUGCCGUGAACGGGGUGCCCGGGGAGCCCUGCACGUAGCCCGCAGGGCCACCUCCUUCCUCAGGAAGCCAUAGACGGGGACUGCGACGUGCCCAGGAAGAGCAGGGUGCCGGCUGCUGCCCGGCGCCCACCUGCCUUGCUCGGUUUCUUCCAGCAGUCUCGGCUUUGGAAGGGCCGAUGAGCCCCCAAAGAGGGCCGAUGAGCCCAGUUUGCGCCAGGUGCCCCCAGCAGCACCUGCUGCCCCCCGCGCAGGCCGCGCUCCAGCCUGGGAGCGAUGCUCUUCCGGAAGGAGGGAGAGUGUGAUCCGAUGGACGGUGGUGCGGCAGGGCUGGCAGAGCCAGCUUUACCCGCGGCACCCACCUGCAGGGCGCUGGGGUCCACGCCCGACCGUGUCGGGAGGAGGUGGGGCCUCCUGCGCUGGAAGGUGGUGGGGUUCUGGGUAAAUACAAGUUAUGACAGGAACGGAAAUACAGGAAGGCCUUUGCCUUUGGUGUUAGCCAUAGAACUUGCAGCUGUAUGCAAACCACGUCAGUCCUAUGCACCCUCUGCUCAGCACUUCCACGUUUACCUGGAGCCUCCUUGCAGGUGCAGAUGCUGGAGGCUGCUGUGGUUCUUACAUUUUCCUCUGUCGUGUCAAGCUCAGGAUGCCCGUGGGGCCGCGGACAGAUUUGCCUCCCGGCGGCUGUGCGGCAGACCUGGCACAGGAAGUCCGGGCAGCAAGCACCCAGUUACCAAACUCACACGCGUGGAUCUUGCCAGAUGUCGCCGACUGCCCAGAGUCCAUCCGGGGCUGUCGAGGAAAUGACCUUGUGUCUCGGGUCAGCCCCAGGAAUACAGGUGUACCGGCACGAGAGCCGACAUGCAGGACUUGAUAGGGCUCUGCAGCAUUCUGCUGUGAAUAGCACCCUGGCACAUUUUGGGGUGUCCUUAAGUGGGAGCAAAGUUUUAUGUCCCUCUGUACUGUCAGACCUUUCUCCAGUCGAUUCACAGCAAGCACUGCCCCGGGCCCUGUGGCUGCCUGCAGCCCAGGGCACAAGCGUGUUACGGGGCGACUGCCGGUGACAGUGGGGCCCCCAGACCCGGCCUCACUGAGCUGGAGAAGGCAGGUGUGAAAAACCGCCCCCAAGCCCAGGUGUGAGAGCGGGUGUGCGCUCACCAGGGUCCUUUGCGAAUCCAUGCCAUGUAUUUCAGGGGAAGUAGAGCCACUCAUGAGCAGAAACCUGGGAGAAAGCCCUCACUAUGGCAUUUGUUUUUCUUUGCUGUUUUUGAGGGAGAGAUUCAAAAACUACACUAGAAGUUUCGCUUUCAAA